CACCAGUACGGAAGGGAAGGCCAGGUGGAAGACAAAGGAGAGAGCCUGGAUCUCCCAGGACUGAAAAGAUGGAGGUUGAUCAGGACUGGACCAGUGUGUACCCAGCCGCAGCUGCUUUUAAACCUUCCUCAGUGCCCCUCCCCAUUCGGAUGGGCUACCCAGUGAGAAGUGGAGUACCUCCUCCGAAAGAAGGCAACUUGGAACUUAUAAAGAUCCCCAAUUUCUUGCAUCUAACACCAGUUGCCAUCAAGAAUCACUGUGCUGCUCUUAAAGACUUCUGCACGGAGUGGCCGGCUGCCCUGGAUAACGACGAGAAAUGUAUGCAGCAUUUUCCUAUAGAAAUUGAAACAACAGACUACGUAUCGGCAGGCCCAUCUGUCCGUAACCCUAAAGCGAGAGUGGUGACCUUAAAAGUAAAGCUUUCAAGCCUCAACUUGGACGACCAUGCAAAGAAGAAGUUCAUUAAACUUGUAGGGGAAAGAUACAGCAAGGGCACAGAUACUCUGACUAUUACAACAGACAGGUGCCCAUUAAGAAGGCAAAACUAUGACUACGGGGUAUACCUUCUGACAGUGCUGUACCAUGAAUCAUGGAAAAACGAACCGUGGGAAAAAGAAAAGACUGACGCUGACAUGGAGGAGUAUAUCUGGGAGAACAGUGCCUCCGAAAAGAAUGCGUUGGACACGCUGCUUCGAAUCAAAGCGGCGGAAACGGCUGAGGAAGCCAGUCGAGAGGAACUCCUUGCCUCGGAGAUCGUUCAAGACUACAAAAAAUCGACGGUUGUGCUGAGAAAUGAAGGAGAAACAGAAAAGAACCUUUCAGAGUAUAAGGAGUCUGUCAAACGAUUACUAAACUUGAAUGCCUAGUAGUGAAAGGG